UCAUUCGUAAGGCCUGGAAUUUUACUUUUUCGCUGUAGCAUAUGUAGGCGAAAGGCGAAGGCGUCGAAGGUAAUCUGUUUCGUAGAGUUCGUGGAAGAAGUACCGUUGUGCAGCGACGCUGAAAGAAGUUAUAUUGGGAAACCAUCAUGGUGAAGGAACCGGUGCAAGAACGUGAGAAUGCUGUAAAAAAGCGUCGGAAAGGUGGUAGUAGCAGUACGUCUACAAGUCCAGCAAAAGUUCCCGAACGCGAUAUUUAUAAGAGUGUAAUAGAGUUUGAGGAAACGGAGGCAUCUGCCCGGGAUCCUGAAAAUGACAUGGCUCUGUUUUGUAAAACAUGUGAUGAUAUUCGUAAACUAAUGGAAGAAAUUGCUAAAUUGAAGGCAAGAAACACAGGCGUGAACAAUGAACAGAUACUGGCAGAGAUAUCAGAAAAACGUAUCCAGGCUUCAUUGUUGUUUGUUGUGUUGAAAAAGUUAAAUCGUCUAGAAAAAUUCCGCACCAAAACAUCACGUGAUACUUUAAAUCGUGAGAAGCAACAGGUGGAUAGUUAUCAUCUCCAGUUACAAAAUUUGCUUUAUGAAAUUUUACAUCUGAAGAAGGAGGUUACAAAGUGUCUGCAGUUUAAAUCAAAAGAUGAAGAAAUUGAUCUUGUGCCAGUGGAAGAAUUUUAUAAAGAAGCACCAGAAUUGCUGUCACGCCCAAAUGUGACCCAAAAUGAUUCUCAUCAACUGAAAUUAGCAAGACUAGAAUGGGAGCUGGAGCAACGCAAACAGUUGGCAGUUUUGUGUCAGAAACUGCAGGCAGAGAAAGAGACUGUAGCCAAGGAGAUACAGAGUAAACGAGAGAGGCUGGAAAACCUAACACCACGUCUCAAAAGCAUACUUGAGGUAACAAAACCAUUGCAAGACUACCUUGGAUUACCCCUGGACAAGAUCCGCAGGCAACACCAAGCUGCUUACCAUUUACCAAAACCACUCUAUGUGCUAUAUGUUCAAGCAGAUGCAUAUAGGGAAGCAUGUGAUCCACUGUUGACUGUGGCUGUAAGUGGUGAUGAAGAGGAAGCCAGGUCGCUGAAGCAGUCCCUGGAUGACUCUGCUGCAGCAGAUGAAUCUGAUUCAGACCAAGAGGAUUGUGGGGACCGACAGAAGCGACACCAUCGCAAGCUUUCACGUACUGACCGUCUUGAGGAGCGCAAGAAGAGACUUCUCUUACGACAUCCUCUGACAGUGGACAUCACCAUCAAACUUCAAGAUGGGAACAGCUUGUUGCUGAGUUUCCACUACCUGGUUCAUCUUCAUGUUGUAACUGUCAAGACUCGGAUUACCCUUGUACAGGCUGUUCAUGGAAUUUCAGCUGGGGACCUGAUUGCUCCCCAUAACAUAUUGACAGCAUUAUUUCCACAUGAUCUUGGCUUGGAUAGUCCCAAUGUAGCAAAUCAUUAUCAGCUUCAGUCUGUUGGUCUGGAGGAUUUUGCCAGCUACAUUCCAGAAUUGGGAAUACCAUAUAUCUGGGCCCAACGUGUUGCUGGGCUUGAUUUCAUGGGUGCCAGAGCAAUUGAAAUAAUGGGAAAUGCCCAAGAAAGCAACAAGGAGAGUUCUGUUGUAGAGCCACAGACAUCUGUGAGUCAGGCGAGUGUAGAGAGUGUAAUGCGGGCCAUUCGUCAAAGACUGAAAGCUCGAAUUGCUUUGUGCAGGCAGGUGCAAGCCCUUGAGGCUGGCUUGGUCUCAGUACCACAUGCUCUUCGCGGCAAUUUCCCGGCCAAGAUAUGUACCAGCCUGUUUUCAUGGCAGCUAAUAUCAUGGGAUGAUUUCUGCCAUACCGCACACACACAGGCACUCGUGCAGGCCCAGGCUGUGAACCGUGGAGAUUCCUUUUACAAGGCUGUGCUAACUAGAGGCAGUGCAAAACUGGUGGCACUUAUAGGUGUAAAAUGUGACUAUCCACGUACACCUACAGUGUUCUGUCUGCAGUUAAACUGGCAUGGUGAACAUGAUGCUGGAAAUAAUGAUGCAAUCAGGGAUAUGGAACGUGAAUUGAAUGUUUACUGGAUGGAACUAGUGGGUGGAGUGGGCUGGGGUAACACCCUCUUAGCAGCCCAGUUGCUUCAACUUAUGGCUUGUCUAGAUGUGUUCCUAGAGUCUGCAGGCUCUACUGGCAUCUCUCCUCUGGAGUUUCCUCGUGACAAAAUAUUUUUCCGGCCAGUAAGGGGUAGAACUCGCAGCAGACCCUACAAAUAUCUCAGAGUUGGUGGUGGUAUUUUCACGCAUCGCUGAAGCAGCUUUCAUCUUGUUGUUUUCAUUUAAAGUUAUGAUCACAAUAUUCAGUUAUAACAUUUUAUUCAUGUCAGUCUAUUUAAUGGUGAUAUGGUGAUUGUUCAAGAACUCUCAGUGAAGAAACACACCGUUUUUGCAUGCUAUAUGAGAUCAUUCUGUGUCGUAAAUGCCAUAAUUUUUCCCAGUGUUGCAAAGAUAAAUAUCGUGAUUAGCCAGUCUUCAAAGUGACUGAUUUCAUAAUUGCUUCCAUGCAAACUUUGUAUGUGAAUGCAAUCCACGUUUUAUAUAGGACAUUUUCAUAUUUUAGGUUUGAGCGUCACAUGGCUGUGACUAUGAAGAUGACUUCUGGGAUGUAAGAUCUAAAAG